GAAAUGUCAAAGCAUCCACAAGGAAAGGAUUGACCAGAACCAAAAGCAAUGAAACGAGUGAGGGAAGAGAUCGGAGUGUGAACAGUGAAAUUCACUUGCUCUGCUUAGCUUACCACUACCACUACUACUCGUGAAAGAGAGAGAAAGUCCAGAGUGAGAGAGAGAGAGCGUAAAAAUGCGGAACUUGUACGGUCAGAUCAGAGCGUCUUCGUCUCUGGUGAAUCGCCUUAAGCAGAAACUGAGAGCUGGUACCUUUGUCGUCGGGAAUCCAUGGCUGUCUCAGUCCAGAUCUUUUACCACCACCGAAGGUCACCGACCCACCAUGGUCCACAAGCGCAGUCUCGACAUUCUCCACGAUCCUUGGUUCAAUAAAGGAACUGCUUUUACGAUGACCGAGCGAGACCGUCUUGAUCUCAGAGGACUUCUUCCUCCAAAUGUUAUGUCUACAGAGCAGCAAAUUGAACGUUUCAUGGCUGAUUUGAAGAGGCUUGAAGUGCAAGCACGAGAUGGACCUUCUGAUCCAUAUGCACUGGCAAAGUGGCGGAUACUUAAUCGUCUACAUGACAGAAAUGAGACAAUGUACUAUAACGUUUUGAUUGCCAAUAUCGAGGAAUAUGCUCCUAUAGUUUAUACUCCAACUGUAGGCCUUGUUUGUCAAAACUACAGUGGUUUGUUUAGAAGGCCAAGGGGAAUGUAUUUCAGUGCUGAAGAUCGUGGAGAAAUGAUGUCUAUGGUUUAUAAUUGGCCAGCUGAUCAGGUCGAUAUGAUUGUUGUUACAGAUGGAAGCAGAAUAUUGGGACUUGGAGACCUCGGUGUUCAAGGGAUUGGUAUUUCAAUUGGGAAGCUUGACUUGUAUGUAGCUGCUGCUGGGAUAAAUCCUCAAAGGGUACUUCCUGUUAUGAUUGAUGUUGGAACCAACAACGAGAAAUUGCUCAAAGACCCCUUGUAUCUGGGAUUGCAGAGACAUCGUCUAGAAGGUGAUGAGUAUCUUGCUGUUAUUGAUGAAUUUAUGGAGGCAGUUUUUACUCGAUGGCCCCAUGUUAUUGUGCAGUUUGAAGACUUCCAAAGCAAGUGGGCCUUUAAGUUGUUGCAGCGUUAUAGAGCUACCUACAGAAUGUUUAACGAUGAUGUCCAGGGAACAGCAGGAGUUGCAAUUGCUGGACUUUUAGGAGCUGUAAGAGCACAAGGAAGGCCAAUGAUUGAUUUCCCAAAACAAAAGAUUGUUGUUGCUGGUGCUGGGAGUGCAGGAAUAGGGGUUCUAAAUGCUGCAAGAAAAACAAUGGCAAGGAUGUUGGGAAACAAUGAAUCCGCUUUUGAGAGUGCACUGAGACAGUUCUGGGUAGUUGAUGCCAAUGGUCUGAUCACAGAUGAACGUGAAAAUGUGGAUCCUGAUGCGCUUCCUUUUGCUAGGAAGAUCAAAGAAAUUCAUCGCCAGGGUUUAAAGGAAGGUGCAAGUCUUGCAGAAGUGGUGAAACAAAUAAAGCCUGAUGUGCUUCUUGGAUUAUCUGCAGUUGGGGGCUUGUUCUCAAAAGAGGUAUUGGAGGCACUUAAAGGUUCAACUUCAACAAGGCCUGCCAUCUUUGCAAUGUCAAAUCCUACUAAAAAUGCUGAAUGCACUCCUGAAGAAGCAUUCUCCAUCGUAGGAGACAAUAUUGUAUUUGCUAGUGGAAGUCCAUUCAAGGAUGUGGAUCUUGGAAAUGGUCAUAUUGGUCACUGCAACCAGGGUAACAACAUGUACCUUUUUCCAGGAAUUGGGCUUGGUACUCUUCUAUCUGGAUCAAGGAUUAUCUCUGAUGGCAUGCUACAAGCAGCGGCUGAAUGCCUAGCUGCAUAUAUGUCGGAAGAGGAUGUUCUAAAUGGGGUUAUAUACCCAUCUAUAUCAAGCAUUCGAGAUAUAACAAAAGAAGUAGCUGCAGCUGUUAUAAAGGAAGCUAUAGAAGAAGAUUUAGCUGAAGGAUACCGUGAAAUGGAUGCACGCGAACUUAGUAAACUCACUCAGGAGGAAAUUGUAGAAUAUGUGAAGAACAAUAUGUGGUCUCCAGAAUACCCAACACUGGUUUAUAAGCAAGACUGAUCUCCCCCAAUGAAGAAAAUUGAUAAGAGCAUAAUGUUGUAUGUAAAAACCUCCAUGCAUUAAUUUCAGCUAUUUAAAUAAUUUAUUUUGGCGUGUUAUUUGCUCUUCAAUUUCGAGCAUGUAUAUUGUGCCUCAUAUCAUAUGUAUGAUUGUUUUACAUAGGUCUUUAAUAAUUACCAGAUUUUUAUCUCUCCUAGACAUAAUAAGUGAAAUAUUUCGACUCUUGCAUUUUUAUCAAUAUAAACUUGCAAAUUUCACGCUCUUUCAUGCA